UUGUAGCAUUACAAGUCGAAAUUUGUGUAAAAUAAAGAGCAGUUUCAUAGUAUCUUUUUGCUGCUGAAAGGUCUUUUGUUAGCCUUGCUCAGCACUUGGAACUCAGCACUAUAACUAAGGUAUUCUAUUUAUACGAGUGUAGUGUCGCCGCUCCUUGUGCUUGUUACCAGACUUGGGCCCACCACUUGUCGCAUCCCUGAGAAACCCCGAGCUCCACUUUCUGCGGUUGAGAAGCGCUUGCUGACAGUCGCUGAAGAAAUAAGUAUUGUUUUGUUAAAUAAAACAGUGAAUUCCGUUGGUCAUGAAGGAACCAAGCGAGGAGUUACUGGAUCGCCACUUCAGGCAGCAGGUGGCCAGUUACAAGGAUGUGGAUCGGGCACGGGCUAAGCAGUCGGAUCGCCUCAUCAUGGCCAGGUGGAUAAAGGUGUUCGAGAGGACACCGGUCAGCCAGAAGUUGGCCCGGAACAGCCUGAUGCUGCUCAUGCAUGGCCACAUCAAGGACUUUGGAGUGCUGAAGGAGCCGUUCACGGAUAUGCGCAACUGCAGUAGGAAUCUGAAUGCCAUUUUGGAUGAGUACAAGGGCCAGUCAUGCGAGGAGAAAGAUAUUGGUUCAACCAUAACUGUUUCGAAAGAACAGCCAUUGCCUGCUGGUAGAACAUCUUCACGUGCAUGGAAUGCACUGCUCAAAAAGUGCUCCACUCAAAUAUUACGACCUAGGCAACUGACACCCAUCAAGGAGGUAGCCGAGCCCUCAGAAAAGGAACCCACAACCAGCAGUUUUGCCAGCAUUGUGACGAUGAUACGACAAACGAAAACGCGAUCCUCUGGCUCGAUUGAAAGCUUAGAUGCUUCAAGGACUGGCUCCGAUUGCGACCAUGUGGCUGAUAGACAAAGUGUGAGGCAGAAGGUCCAAUCAUUGGAGGAUGAGUUCUCGAGGAAUACGCACCAUCCAUUGUCCUUAAGUGCAAUGGAAAAUAUAAGAAAUAACUGUCAGAGAAACUCAAGCAGUAGUGCGUCCAAGAGUGAUCAACCAGCAAGCGGAAGAACCCGUUCCUCCAGUCCCUUAUCCCAAGAGAAACUAAAUCAGAUCACCAAUGUCAUAGAUCAGGUCAAUCGCAGAUCAAGUGCUGUACAAAGUUUGAAGGAUUGCUUUGAGGAAAUGGCCGAACGUCUGAAAAAGACAAUCGAACCGAAAUGUGUCGCACCAGCAGGACACAAGCCGAAGGUUUCGUCGCCUCCGCCACCAAAGAAGAUCAGUAGGAUUCGCCGGAAUGUUUCUCCCCAGCGAGCCAGGCAACCAGGAGGUAAAUGCCAUCCUUCCGUAAGUUUUAAGGACAUAACUGUGCAGCAAUUGCUGAUUCGUAGGGAAAAGCUGCGUGUCGAGUGCUUGGCGUACUACAACUUGGAUGGCACGAUGAAGGAUGUGAAGGACAUGCCUGACCCUCCAAUGGACACUAGGAAAGCUGAAAAGAGAGUCAGUGGCUUCCUUAUUGGUGCCUAUCGAGCCUUGGCACGGCUGAAACGCUGGCGGGGAAAAUCCAAACAGUUGCGAUUUUUCAAGACCUGUUUCCAGAAAUGUGGACUUCGCAAUUUCGUUGAACUGCAGGCUCUGGAUCGAAGAUUUGAGAUGGUGGCACUCAAGUGGUAUCGCCGCAAGGUGAUGGCCUGUCAACGCCGAACCUGGCGUAGUUAUCGCAGGAUCAUCUUGGCGCAGAAACCAUCAUACGACGAGGACGAUAUACAGCUGAUGCGCCACCAGUUGGAGCUGCAAGAGGAACUGCAGCGGGAGCGAAUGGUGCACCUGGCCAAAAUCAAGGAAAUAUGCAAGACCAGCUGUUGCGGAAUCAUCAGCGCGGAAGUCGUUUGCAAAAUGCUCAAACGCCUGGACGAUGAACACGACCAGCUAGCCGAAGAUCUGCAGUCACUGCUCCGCCAGAAGGAGCAACUGUUCCAGUGAAGCAUCCUGCGAAUCCAUAACUUUUCUCGCACCUGUAUUUGUAAACAUUUUGCACCUGCGUAAGCCCGUUUACAUCGCGAGCCGCGCUGCUCAUUAAUUAAUUCAAAUACUACGCUUUAUUAAAUUAAGAAGUGCUGAAAGGGAUAUAAACCAAAGGGGAGUUAGUCCCAAAGGGGAAGGGACCAAAGCUGGCGAUGACUACACAAUAAACAAACAAUCUACUCGUAAA